AUGCUUAUAGUAAAAACCAGUGCCAAAGUUCCAGCUAUAAUUGUGUUUGGGGAUUCAUCUGUUGAUGCUGGAAAUAACAAUUACAUUCCAACGAUUGCGAGGAGCAAUUUCGAGCCAUAUGGUCGAGAUUUUAAUGGGGGCAAGCCCACCGGCCGGUUCUCCAACGGCCGAGUUCCGACUGAUUUCAUCUCAGAGGCAUUUGGUCUCAGGCCAUUCAUUCCUGCUUAUUUGGAUCCCAAGUAUAAAAUUUCAGAUUUUGCUGUUGGUGUCACUUUUGCUUCAGCUGGAACGGGAUACGACAAUGCAACUUCUGAUGUUCUAGAUGUGAUACCUUUUUGGCAGGAGUUGGAAUACUAUAAAGACUAUCAGAAGAAACUUAAGGCAUACUUAGGUGAGCAGAAGGCCAAUGAAACUAUCACUGAUGCUUUAUACAUGAUGAGUAUUGGAACCAACGACUUUCUCGAAAAUUAUUACACACUUCCUAGAAGGCAAAUGCAGUACAACGUUGAUGAAUACCAAGAUUUUCUAAUCGGGAUUGCUAGAAAUUUUAUCGUAAAUCUUCAUGGUCUCGGGGCACGUAAAAUCUCUCUUGGGGGCCUUCCUCCAAUGGGGUGUAUGCCUUUGGAAAGAGCAGAAAAUGUAGAAAGUGGAAAUGCUUGUGUGGAGAGUUAUAAUAUAGUUGCCUUGAAUUUCAAUAGCAAGUUGAGUAAUUUAGUAAUGAAGCUAAACAAAGAAAUGCCUGGGAUUCAACUGGUUUUCUCCAAUCCUUACUACAUGUUGCAGCAAAUAAUCAAGAAACCAUCAUUAUACGGAUUUGAUGUUUCGGGAGUGGCGUGUUGUGCCACGGGCAUGUUUGAGAUGGGGUAUGCAUGUGAUCGUUAUAAUCCGUUAACGUGUACGGAUGCAAACAAAUACGUGUUUUGGGACGCAUUUCAUCCUUCGGAGAAGACAAACGGCAUAAUCUCUGAUCAUCUGGUUAAGACUGUUUUACGCAAAUUUCUUUGGAAGAGCUAG